CUUCAGCAGAAGUGAAACUAAAACUCCUCCGUCCUUGUGUGUGUGUGUAACUGAGUUAGCUGUCUGAAAAUUUUUUAGUUUUUUUCUUUCUUUCUUCUUUUUACCCUUUUGGUUGACAUUACAACCCAGAUUUUAUGUCACACGUCUUUUCUUUUUGAACUGAGCAAAGUGAAAUGGCGGAGACGAAUAUUUUAGGACUUCAGGAUCAGUUCAGCUGUCCAAUCUGUCUGGAUCUACUCAAGGAUCCAGUGACUAUUCUCUGUGGACACACUUUCUGUAUGGUGUGUAUUAAUGGCUGCUGGGAUCAGGAGGAUCAGAAGGGAGUCUAUAGCUGUCCUCAGUGUAAAGAAACCUUCACUCCAAGACCUGUUGUGAGUAAAAACGCUGUUCUGGCUGAAGUAAUGGAGAAACUAAUGAUAGAACACCAAGCUAGACGUCCUGCUCACUGUUCCACUGUAACUGAAGAGUGUGAUAUCUGCACUGGGAAAAAAUCCAAAGCCAUCAAGUCCUGUCUGGUGUGUCUGGCCUCUUUCUGUGAAACUCACCUCCAGCCUCACUAUGAAUCUCCUGCCUUUAAGAAGCACAAGCUGGUGGAAGCCUCCAGACGACUCCAGGAGCAGAUCUGCUCUCAGCAUGACAAACUGCUGGAGGUUUACUGUUGCAAUGAUCAGCAGUGUAUCUGCAUGUUGUGUAUGUUAGAUACACAUAAAGGACAUGAUACAGUAUCAGCUGCAGAAGCAAGCGCUGAGAAAAAGAAGCAGCUGUUGAAGACACAGAGAAAAUGUCAGCAGAGAAUCUUGGAUAGAGAGAAGGAGCAUCAGGAGCUAUCAGAAGCUGUGGAGUUUUAUGAGCGCUCUGCACAAAAAGCAGUUCAGGAAAGUGAGAGGAUCUUUACGGAGCUGAUCAGAUCCAUCGAGAGAAGACGUUGUGAGGUGACAGCGCUGAUCAGAGCUCAGGAGAAAGCUGCAGUGAGCCGAGCUGAAGAAGUCAUGAAGCAGCUGGAGCAGGAGAUUGCAGAGAUGAAGAGGAGAGACUCUGAGCUGGAGGAGCUUUCACACACGGAUCCCAUCCAUUUCCUCCAGAGUUUCCCCUCUCUUUUGGACAUUCCUGGAUCUGCAGACGUACACUCCAUCGAGCUCAGUCCUUUCCUCUCUCUUGAGGAUGUAACAGCGUUUGUGUCUCAACUGAGGGACAAAGUGGAAAAGUUCUGCUGUCAGGAGUUCAGAAUGGUAUCAAAUGCAGUUUACUUUUUUCUUCUUGCAGUAAAAGAAAUCCAGAUUAUUCCUCUUCCUGAACCCAAAAGCAGAGAAAAGUUCCUACAGUAUUCCUGCCAGUUCACACUGGACCCGGACACGGUAAAUAAACACCUCUGUCUGUCUGAGAGGAACACAGUGGUGACCUGCAGUGAAACACCACAAUCCUAUUCUGUUCAUCCAGACAGAUUUGACUAUUAUCUCCAGGUGUUGUGUACAGAGAGUGUGUGUGGACGCUGUUACUGGGAGCUCGAAUGGAGCGGACAUCAUGGCGUUUCUAUAGCAGUGUCGUAUAAAAACAUCAGCAGGAAAGGAAAAGGUACUGAAUGUUUGUUUGGCCGAAACGACCAGUCCUGGAGAUUGUUUUGCUAUCCCUCCUGCUACUCGUUCAGACACAUUAAAAAAGAAAUUAAAAUCCCAGUAAUGCCCAGCUCCUCUAGAAUAGGAGUGUAUGUGGAUCACAGGGCAGGAACUCUGUCCUUCUACAGCGUCUCGGACACGAUGAAGCUCCUCCACAGAGUUCACACCACGUUCACUCAGCCUCUUUACCCCGGGUUUGUGGUUUGUAAAGGAUCAGCUAUUAAACUGUAAUCAUCAGAGACAUUUAUGAAAUAAAUUGUUUAUCUAGAAUGGAUGCGAAAUCGUUAACUUUGACGAACAAUUAUUGUUUUUCAUUGUAGUUAUUCUUACUUUUGAUAUUAUCAGUAUUGUAUGGAAUUUAUCUUUCAGACUUACUGGGGCCUUUUAAUCAUUUCUCAAGAUCCAUGUGUUAAUGAAAACCUCCUCAUUGGACAUUUAUUAUGUCCAGGACUGUGUUUGCAGGGCUAAAGAGACAGUGUUAUCUUUGCGCUGACCUGGAAUGGGAUGUUCAACAAGCACAUAACGUCCACAUACUUUUGGCCAUAUAGUGUAAUUCUGAUAUGUAAAAAAAAAAAAAGAUUAAAAACCAUAAACAGUG